AAGUUUAGAGGCCUUUAGAUGUGCAGAAGUCGCCCAAGCCAAUUCCUUCUCUGAUAUUGCAGCUUUUUUGCAGUGCUGUAGCAUCAGCAACAAUGGUGUCCGGUUCAGGCCUUUGCGCCAAGGUCGUCGUGGUCGAUGCUCGCCACCACAUGCUCGGCCGCUUAGCCUCCAUCCUCGCGAAAGAGCUCCUCAAUGGCCAGAAAGUGGUUGUUGUACGUUGCGAGGAGAUCUGCUUGUCAGGUGGCCUUGUGAGGCAGAAGAUGAAAUACCUAAGGUUUUUGAGGAAGCGGAUGAACACCAAACCCAGCAAGGGACCCAUUCAUUUUCGAUCUCCUGCUCGUAUCCUGUGGAGGACUAUCCGCGGAAUGAUCCCACACAAGACCAAAAGAGGAGCUGCCGCCCUUGAGCGCCUGAAGGCCUUUGAAGGAGUACCUGCACCUUACGAUAAAAUGAAGAGGAUGGUCAUUCCAGAUGCGCUCAAAGUAUUGAGGCUGAAACCUGGACACAAAUUUUGUUUGUUGGGCCGUUUGUCUGAGGAGGUCGGAUGGCACCACUACGACACUAUCAAGGAGUUGGAGGAGAAGAGGAAGGCCAAGUCCAAGGUGUUUUACGAGCGCAAGAAGCAACUCAUCCAGCUGCGGCUUAAGGCCGCAAAACGUGUCGAGGAGCAGCUUGGCUCUCUUCAAGAAACUUUGGCACCCAUCACUUACACUUCUUAGGUCUCAGCUAUGCGAACCUCGCUUCCUUUUUAUGCGUCACUGUCUAUUUAAUUACACCGACGCAGUUUGGUGCUUGAUAUUCUCACUUUUGUUAUCGGUGACGCUUGAAUUUGAUUUUCAACGAUGUUUACUUUUUGAAACCAA